GAGAGAUACGCCGGCGAACAAUUUAUUUCAAUUAUCAUGAGUAAGCUCGCUGGACUCGUUGCGUUCUAUCGCUUUGUGUAGAUAAAUCUUUGAUCUUUAAAUUUCAAGCAGUACAAUCUUUCUAUACAGUGUCGUGCAACGAAUAAUGGUUUGGGAUGAAACGUUAGUGACACCUAGUCUUGCAACCUUGGUUAUGGUUACAAGAAAAAGUGUAUUUUGAAAUUAUUUCCUAGUGUUUUCUCUGGUGAAAACAUCUGUGAAGUAUAAGUUGACUGUGCGGUGUUGGUUUGUUUGUUUGGUGUAAGUUAAUUCGGUGCGAUGUCGGGUGGCAGAAGUAUCGACAAAGAGCGCAAGUCUCCUAGAGAAAGUGGGGAGGAUUCAGAGGACGAAAGCGAGAUCCUGGAGGAGAGUCCCUGUGGCCGCUGGCUCAAACGUCGAGAAGAGGUAGAACAGCGAGAUGUACCCGGCAUCGACUGCGCGCACCUGGCGAUGGACACGGAAGAAGGUGUCGAGGUGGUCUGGAACGAAGUCCAGUUCUCCGAGCGGAAGAACUUCAAGGCGCAGGAGGACAAGAUCCAGAUGGUGUUCGACAACCUCACUCGGCUGGAGCAUCCCAACAUUGUGAAGUUCCACCGGUACUGGACGGACACGCAUAACGAUAAACCAAGGGUGAUAUUCAUAACGGAGUACAUGUCGUGUGGGUCACUGAAGCAAUUCCUGAAACGAACCAAACGAAACGUGAAGAGGCUCCCACUGCAGGCUUGGAAACGAUGGUGUACACAGAUACUCUCAGCGCUCAGCUAUCUCCACGGCUGCGUUCCACCCAUUGUGCACGGCAACUUGACCUGCGACACAAUCUUCAUCCAGCACAACGGCCUAGUCAAGAUAGGGUCAGUGGCUCCGGAUGCCAUCCACCACCACGUCAAGACCUGCCGCGAGAACAUGAGGAACAUGCACCUCGUCGCACCUGAAUAUGGAUCAUCGCAAAUGGUGACGCCCGCGAUGGAUAUCUACUCAUUCGGCAUGUGCGCGCUCGAGACCGCCGCUCUAGAGAUUCAGGGCAACGGCGACUCCGGCAGCCAUGUCACUGAGGAUCACAUCGCACGGACCGUUGAGUCGCUGGAGGAGCCGCGGCAGAAGGACUUCAUAUACAGAUGCAUAAAUAAAGACCCGGCGAAGAGGCCGACGGCGAGGGAACUCCUCUUCCACCCGUUGCUCUUCGAAGUGCAUUCGCUCAAGUUAUUAGCGGCGCAUACACUGGUCAAUACAAGUGCGAACAUCUCGGAGACGAUCACGGACGAGGUGUGCGGCUCGGGCGGCGCGCUGGCGUGGUGCGCGCGCGGCGGCCGGCGCCACGAGCUGGCCGGCAAGGACCUGCCGCACGCGGAGAAGCUGGAGAAGUUCGUCGAGGACGUCAAAUACGGCAUCUACCCGCUGACGGCGUACGGGCUGGCGCGCCGCGCCGCGUCGCCGUGCGAGCGCGCGCGCGCCUCGUCCGAGAGCGCGCCCGCGUCGCCCGAGCCGCGCGCGCGCGACCUGGAGACGCGCCGCGUCGUCAACAUGAUGUGCAGCCUCAUGGCCGCGCCGCCCGCGCCGCCCGCGCCGCGCGCCGAGCCCGACCCCGCCGACCUGCUGAUGACCAUCCUGCUGCGCAUGGACGACAAGAUGAACCGCCAGCUCACGUGCGCCGUCACGCGCCGCGACUCCGCGCACGCGCUGGCGCACGAGCUCGUGCAGCUGGGCUUCAUCCACGAGGCGGACCGGGAAAAAAUCUGCCGUCUGAUGGAGGAAUCGCUCCGCAGCAGCUUCGGCCAACUGCCGCGCCCGCAGCACGUGGCCAGCUAGUGGCCCCGCCCCCCGCCCCGCCUCGCGCCGACCGACACCGCGUAAGAUUAGCAUCUGAAACUUCUUAAACUAAUGGCAUUUUAUUGUACCUAUUGUAUUCUUUUUUACUACACCGUAAAAGAUUAUUGAGAAAAACGUAAAGGAAUAUUCGUAAAGCCUUCUUUGAAAUAUGAUCGAAACCCUCUUAUUUUGCAAUCCAGCCAUACAAGCUCACUACAGAAGCAGGCCUUUCGGGUGGCUGAGCUUUUAAACUGUACGUUUCUAAUUUUGUAUAUUUUCAAAUAGCUCCUUUACGUUUUUCUAGUAAAAAAAGUGUAUUUAUAUAUGCUCAGAUUUCUAGGUUUUCAAGAAAUUUUCUUUUAAUGUGGUCUGAAUUUUAAUUCUUACGAGAUGUAUAAUUAGUACUGAAUAUAAAU